GCCUGGUGCUUCUCAGAGCGGUGCUGUGGGGAUCCGUGCUUUUCAGGCCUGGUUCUUUUCAGAGAGGAGAGGUGCGAGUGAGGAGUCGUCUCACAAACUGGCACACCAUGGCAGCAUGGGACGCUCUGACGUGCUCCCCAACAAGCUGUCAUGCAAGUGGGAAUCCGCCUUCUGAGUUAUCACGGGGUUUCGUCACAACGGCAGAAGG